AUGGACAGAUAUCUCCAGUUUAGCCUUCGUAUAGGCAGUGAGUCACCGGUCAGUGCCUGUCUGUCCCCUGACAGACCAGAUGAGGCCGUAAUACUGGACGUUUCAUGUAACGGUGGGAUAAUGUGGGACACGAUGAAAAUGUUCACUGCCAGUCAUUAUACAACACCCAGGGUUGAGUUUAUUCAUCUCUUGCCUUCUGCCAUUGGUCCAAGCUGUCGUUUCCGCUGGUGGCAGCCAAAUCACUCGGGCCACAAACUGGACAUCUGGGCUCUGGACGAUAUCUCCCUGACCAGUAAGCUCUAUAAUACAAUCAGCCUGGACGUAGGAAAGCUGGACAUACUGGACAGUGGGGUGAAAUUACACUUGGGGGAGAUUGGGAGUUUCUGUGGAAAAUUAAAUGCUGUGAGAUUUGUGAAGCCAGAACAUCAAGAGGAAUUCCGCUCCAUCACCACUAACGCUGUCCACAUUGGACCCAGCCAUGAGGUGGAGUUUGAGCUCGUCCUGGGGUGUGGUCAGCGUUUCUCGGACACGGUGGACAACAGCGUUGUGCUGGAGUACUCCACUGACCAUGGGAUGAACUGGAACAAGGUGGUGGGUUCAUGCCUUCCACCCCAGCAGUGUCCUCAGUACCAGUCAGACAGUAAAUACUCGACCAGUGAGUUCAGGCAGUGGAAGAGAGUAGUAGUGCCUCUGCCUGCUCAUACAUGGUCAGUGACGACCAUGUUACGGCUGCACCAAGCCCAGUGGACACCUGGGGACAGCUGGGCAGUUGGUCAUCUCUACGUUGGUCAGCAGUGUCCAGAGCUAUGCAGUGGACAUGGGAACUGCUUUGAAGGGGUUUGUAGAUGUGAUCCAGGCUACAGCGGUGAAACCUGUCAACCAAUAAAGCCACUAAAGACGAAAUUGCGGGAAGAUUUUUCCCGGAUGGGCGAGCUUCACGAGACCUGGGAAGUGGUGCUGGGAGGAGAAGUGGUUCCAGUCAAGAAGGGAUGCGGCACCAUUCUGUCUGGAGAAUCCCUCCAUUUUAGUCAGGCUGGUAGUCGUAUUCUUAGCACCCAUGAUAUGGACACAAGACGUACAGACUUUCUGGAAUUCUACUUGCGCAUUGGAGGUUCCAACUUGCUAUCCUGUCAAGGAGGUAUAAACAGGGAGAACAGCGUUCUGCUCCAGUACUCCCUCAAUGGAGGAAUCUCUUGGGAACUCCUGAAAGAGCUGCAGGGUGAUGACUAUAGAAAUGCAAAGUUGGUCCACAUUGCUCUCCCAGUGUCAGCCAAGGCAGCUCAAGUCAGGUAUCGCUGGUGGCAGCCAUAUCAUGGAGGCUUGGAGCAGGACCAGUGGGCCCUAGAUCAGAUCUCUCUGGAUACAUACACAGAUAUGCCACUGUUGUAUGAUGACUUUGAGCGGUUUAAUGUGUAUGACUCUUCCCAUUGGCUGACGGUCACUGAGGGCAUGCUGUUUAUUUAUUGCCAGUCUGCAUCCACUGCACUGGUCCUUAACAAUCAGGAUAAUCCAAAGUUUGCCAUCACCAAACGACUGAAACUUGCAAAAGGAGAUGUUGUGCAAUUUAAGAUCAAUGUUGGCUGCUCUAGGCAGUUUGCAUAUGCAGACCCAGUGUAUCUUCGAUUUUCCCAUGAUUCUGGGAAAACAUGGCAGCCAGUCAUCAAACAUUGUUACUUGGAAGAUAGCUGUCAGCAGCAGUAUAGAGAGGAGAGUCAAUAUUACACAGGGACAUAUGGAGAGUGGCGGAUUGUUGUGGUUCCUUUGGAAGAUUACAUUGUUGCUAAACCAGUGCAGUUCCAGUGGUUACAGGGUGGGGACUUAUCAGCAGGCUUUGCACUUGAUGACCUUUACAUUGGUCAGCCAUGUCCAGAAAUGUGCAGCGGUCAAGGGGUGUGUAGACGGGGAACCUGUGACUGUUUCAAGGGAUUCCGUGAGCCAAAUUGCACUAAGCCUAGUCAGGGGUCUCAUGGAGAAUUUGAUCGCUUUGACAACAUGAACCAACCCAGUGCAUUAUGGGAUAGCAUCCAUGGGGGGCAAUUAGGGGCAGGCUGUGGUGUCAUUGAUGUUGGAAAGUCACUUUAUUUCUAUGGUGAUGGAACUAGAGAAGCCAAAACCGUUGUCAUGGAUAUAUCUAACAUCAAAAUGCUUCAGUUUGACAUCAGAAUUGGAAGCAAUGAAAACACAAAAUCCUGCAGGAAACCAGCCAGAAGAAAUGAAGGGGUAAUUGUAGAAUAUUCCACCAAUAAUGGUAUCACAUGGCAUUUGUUGCGGUCCUUGGAUCCAUUUACAUGCUGCAACCAAUCACAAGUGGUGAAUAUUCAGCUACCAGAUGGCGCCAAAAGCAAAAUGACUUCAUUUAGAUGGUGGCAGGCAUUAGGGACAGAAGAUGAAGAGAGGGCACAGUGGUCCAUAGACAGCAUAGUCAUAGGUAUUAACGAGACCACGCGCUCCACCUUCCAGGAUGAUUUCUCUCCCAUGCAGCAGGACGUUUGGUUCAUGGCCCAGAAUGCAGUGCCAAGACUGACAUGUGACUCCAAGGACUUAGCAUUGGAGUUUAGUAAAACAGAUGCUGUGCAGAGGUACGCAGAAACCUGGGACUUCCAUGUGAUGCCAUCCUCGUUCCUGCAGUUUGAUCUGGCCAUGGGUUGUGGCGGGGCAUACUCCUCACUGUACCAUGUGAUGCUGGAGUUCUCCAAGGACAUGGGGCGGACAUGGCACCCAGUGGUGGAGGAAUGUCUGCCGCCUGACACCAACUGCGUGGGUUAUCAUCUCAGCAGUGUCUUCUCGUCAGAGUCACACACAAACUGGACUAGGGUGACCAUGUACCUCCCUGNCUGGAUUUUUUAA